AUGGACCCUAAUAAACAAGAUGCUCUGAAUAAUAUUGAGAACUCCAUUUAUAGAACAGCCUUCAAGUUACGAUCAGUUCAAACCCUGUGCCAGUUGGACUUGAUUGACAGCUCCCUGAUCCAACAUGUGCUACUACGUCAGAGGUUUUGGGAAGCCAGGGAGAGCUCCCUUUCUGUACAGCAACUUGGUCAGGUGCUCCAAGAGUUGUUUCAGAGAGCCAAAGUGGAAACAACAGGAGAGCCGCAUCCCAGAGCGUCGGAACUCACUCUGAGCCUGCUCAGGACCAUUUACGACAGCAGAGGAACGGGUUCUCUCCAGCUCACACCUGUGGCUGCUGCCCUGAUUGCUCUCUCGGGGGACAGCCCUCUUACAAAAUACAGAGCUCUUUUCCAACUCUAUGCAGAAAACAAGGGAGGUUAUGAUCACGAGGCACGCAUGACUCGAAGGGUGUUGAGGAACCUGCUCACAGAUCUGCAGCAGAUUCCAGCUGUCGUGGGGGAGAGCCGUGCCCUGUGCUCUGUGGAAAGUGCCACGAGAGGCUGUUUCCAAGGGGUGCUGAGCCCUACAAUCAAAGAGGAGAAAUUCUUAUGUUGGGUGCAAUCUGAGCCUCUGAUCCUGCUGUGGCUUCCCACCUGCCAUCGGCUAUCAGCCUCCGAGAUGCUUCCUCACCCCGUGCGGUGCAGCAUCUGCAGGGCCUUCCCGAUCAUGGGGCUGAGAUACCGCUGUCUGAAGUGUCUCGACUACAACCUCUGCCAGAUGUGUUUCUUCUCCGGUCUUCACAACACGUCCCACCAGCAGUCUCACCCUGUGGUUGAGCACGGUAUUCAGGUGUCAGCAAAGGAGAACACAAAGUUCCUCUUCGGGACCCUCAAAAACAAUCUGCUGCGAGGGCGCUACAGAAGGAGGGAUGCCAUGGCCAGACAGAGACUGCUGGACCAGGGGAACACGGAACACAGGGCUUGGUUUUCCAUUCAGUACGAUGGUUCCAAUACACCAGUCCACGUAAGGCUAGCUGGACCAGCAGAAGCAGCAGCCUUGGGACCCUCUGAGUACAUAUCUCGAAGGAUUUCGCAAGCCCAACAGAUACACGGCAAUAAAGCGCAUCAUCAGGCCGUCAUCAGCAUCAGGAAUGAACUGUGGAGGACUCGGGAAUCCGUGAACACACUACACAGGGAAAGAAGGUUCUUUAAAAAACAAUUAAACCACUGCAAAGACAAACUGCAAGCAAUAUACACUUCCCAGGAAGAAAAAAACCUCAGAUUUGAAGCAAAAAUUCACCAGCUCACUGCCAACCAGAAUGGUCUAUGGACCAAGCUACAGCAGCUCAGACAGGAUCUACAGACAACGUUGCAGCCACAUCAUCCUUCACCUUCUUCUUGUCAAAAUAUGGAGUCCAAGGUUGGCCAUUCUUCAGCUGAACAACUUCUGGAGGGAAGAGAUCCUUCCCAACGCAGCAUUGCCACAGAGAAUGGCUCAGAUGGGGAGCCUCUUCCUAUGUCCGCCAUGACUGAUAGAAGCCUCAGAAGUCAAGCAAAUACGAAGCAUGCUCUUCCAAGUUCAGAAUCAUCAGUGAAUCGUUUGCAAAGCGUAAGAUCACAAAAUCCGGCACAGAAGACGCCGGUGGAAAUCCCUCGCUCUCUCCCAGGUUGGCAGCAGCGACUGCCACAAGACGUCUCCCCAGCUGCUCCCACAAGGAUCGACAGUCUGGCCCUGGCAUCUGUGAGAAGGAGAGCAACAACUCGCACCAAAGAGAGAAGGGAUGAGCAAGAGGAAGAGGAACUGCAAGAACUGCUGACAAAACUUCUGGACACCUUCGGUCUAGAAAGGCCGUCAGGUCCACAGUCCUCGGAAAACACUGACUUGUAUGGAGCAGCUGAACGGGUUUGCAGGGCCUUUUCUGCCCUUAUGGACCAAAUCACCUUACCCAAGUUGAAGUGA